CUAGCGAGCACCACACAUCUUCCCCGAGUCGGUUCCGCCGUAAAGGUGACCUGACUACCGGACCCUCGUUUUUGCAGGUGCAGAAGUUAUCGGCGCAAUUCCUAAUCAUGUCUGAACCAAUCAGAGUCCUUGUAACUGGAGCAGCUGGUCAAAUUGCAUAUUCACUGUUAUACAGUAUCGGAAAUGGAUCCAUCUUUGGUAAAGACCAGCCUAUAAUUCUUGUGCUGUUGGAUAUUACUCCCAUGAUGGGUGUUCUGGAGGGUGUCCUAAUGGAACUUCAAGACUGUGCCCUUCCCCUCCUGAGAGAUGUCAUCGCAACAGACAAAGAAGAUGUUGCCUUCAAAGACCUGGAUGUUGCUGUCCUUGUGGGCUCCAUGCCAAGAAGGGAGGGCAUGGAGAGGAAGGAUUUACUGAAAGCAAAUGUGAAAAUCUUCAAAAUCCAGGGUGCAGCCUUGGACAAAUAUGCUAAGAAAUCAGUGAAGGUCAUCGUUGUGGGAAACCCAGCCAAUACCAACUGUCUGACAGCCGCCAAGUCAGCUCCGUCCAUCCCUAAGGAGAACUUCAGCUGCCUGACUCGCUUGGAUCACAACCGAGCUAAAUCUCAAAUUGCUCUUAAACUUGGUGUAUCUGCUGAUGAUGUAAAGAAUGUCAUUAUCUGGGGAAACCAUUCCUCCACUCAGUAUCCUGAUGUCUGCCAUGCCAAGGUGAAAUUGCAUGGAAAGGAAGUUGGUGUGUAUGAAGCUCUCAAAGAUGACAGCUGGCUCAAGGGAGAAUUCAUUACGAGUGUGCAGCAGCGUGGUGCUGCUGUCAUCAAGGCUCGGAAACUGUCCAGCGCAAUGUCUGCUGCAAAAGCCAUCGGUGACCACAUCAGAGACAUCUGGUUUGGAACCCCAGAGGGGGAGUUUGUGUCUAUGGGUGUUAUCUCUGAUGGCAACUCCUAUGGUGUUCCUGAUGAUCUUCUCUACUCAUUCCCUGUUGUAAUCAAGAAUAAGGCCUGGAAAUUUGUUGAAGGUCUCCCAAUUAAUGAUUUCUCACGUGAAAAGAUGGAUCUUACUGCAAAGGAACUGACAGAAGAAAAGGAAACUGCUUUUGAGUUUCUUUCCUCAGCAUGACUAGGCCAUCAUUUUGAUGUGAAUAAAUACCCAAAAGCUGAAGAAUCUAAAUGUCGUCUUUGACUCUAGUACAAAAUAACAAUAAUGCUAUUACUUAAACUACUUGUGGGAAAAAAAAGCAUUUAAAAAAUUGUGUGCUUAGUGGUACAGAUUUGAGCGAAUGUCUACAAUCAUGCUGUUAUUGCUACAUUCUAAAUAAAAAUAUAUAUUCAUGUGAAA